AUGUAUGGGACGAGUGAAAUAAGCAGUACUCCAACAUUUAACAGUGAUGACUGGGAAGGUAAAGAAGAUGAAGUAGACGAUACGAAAGACUUGAAGUCAAGCCAGAAUGGUGAGCUAGAUAAUCCAGCUGAAAUGGUAUCAACAAACAACAACAGCUUUGAAACUGCAACAGUUUAUUCCCAACGCACCGCCUAUUCCUCAACGAAUUCCGACGCAUCCGCUGAUAAUUCAGGGAUCCUUUCAUUAAUUCAAAGAACGCAGGAUACCGUGCAUCCGAAGAAACAAGUGCAGGGUACUGUAUCAAGCAUGGUUGUAAUGGAUUUGUGUAUGAAACGUGAGCAGAAACUUCGCCUGGAAGGUAAUAUCAUAGAAGCGAAUGCAUUGAGUACCGUUGGUUUCUCGAUUAUGAACCUGAUUGCGAAAGUGAUGGAAUUGCUGCAGUUAAAUGAAUGCAUACAUGUUGGGAGUUUGAUAUUAGAAGCAGUAAAAGCAUCAAUGAGUAAAGGAUCGAAUGAAUGGGAAAGUUUGAUAUUAUGUGCGGGAAGUAUUCAUGCACUCAUCGAUGAAGUACGGAUAAAAAGCGCAGCUGGCGAAGGAAAGGAGAAAACGAAAACUGGAUGCUGUGCUUAUAAGAAAACAAGAAGAAGCCAACGAAAUGCGCAAACGUCGUCACGCGAUGCAACAAACUGAAGCACACUCUGUUUUCACUCCUUCAAUAACUUAUCAAUACACAGAAACUUCCGAUCAAGCUAGUGAUGCUAUAUUAAUAAUGGCUGCAAAUAAAUAUAAACUUCGUAAGGAAGAACGACAAAAACAAAUUGAAAGGAAAUCUCAGGCCAAUGAUGAGUGCAGAUCAUCUCAGUCAAAUGUUUUACAUACGAAUCUUCAAGUUAUCAAUGUCAUACCUAACUUGCCUGAUGCUAGGAGCUUCACUGGUCCAAUAAGUGCAGAAGCUUUAAUGGAAUGCGAAGAGUCUGAUUUGAGCAAUUCAAUUACUUUACCAUCAUUUCCGGUGCAAGAAGCUGGUAAUCAACACUGUAUACAACAACCACAUUCGUUUGUAUUAUCGGCAAAAGGAGAGCCUAGGAACCGUCAUAUAUCAAGUCAUAUUCGAAAUAAUAAUCAUAUUUCAUCUCAACUUCGUUUGUUUCGAUCUGGUAGCUGUUUUUAUAGCAAUUUUCAAAGGCUGUCGGUUACUUAUUCAUCGAAUAAUCGAAGUUUUUUGCACAAAUAUCUCUUAAUUGAUUUUUCUGUAAUUGGAAAAACUAACCGUCUGAAUUCCACCAAUAAAAUUCCAAAUCAGUCAAUGACAUCUCCAUACUCGUCAACUGCUGUCAAUAUCUCAAGCCCAGCUGGAAUAUCUCAGCUAAAUAUCAAUUCAGCAAGUACUACGAAUCCAAUUAAAACAAAGAUUGUAACUCAGUCUGCUCAAAAAUAUGAUAAUGUGAGUUUUGUGAAAAUUCGGAAAGUUGGUGCAAAGACAAAUGAAAAUACCAACAAAAAAUUGCAAUCAGUGAAAAAAAGUGUAUUUUUUGUUGGCGAGGAUAAAUAUUCUAUAAUUCAAGUAUCGAAUAAUCCAAAUUCAACAACGGAUGGUAUGAAUAUUAUCGGAUUUCAUGACUAUCGCAAGAAGUAUCCACGGGGAUCAGCAAUUAUGCCAGAUGAAGAGAAAAGAAAGAGAGUGGAAAACCUACCUCCUCGUGAAUACGAUUUUUUCCUUAAAUCGACUACAUCACAAUCAAUUGAUAUCGUUAAUGCACGUUCUUUCUGUGAAAGCUGCGAAUUUACACGUGGUAAUAUACGUAACUGGUUUAUUGUUGGUUCAAGGUUUGAACGUUUGAAUGGGAGUGUUUUUGGUGUGAAAAAAAGUGGUUGUCCGAAAACCCAUCUAUCUCGUGCCAAUUAUCCUCCAAUACAUUUCAGAAUUUUGUCUGACGCUAUGACACGUAUUUCCAUCGACGUUGCUGGACUGAAAAUUUUCUUGGCUGUUGGUGAGGAUUGGAUUGUAAAAAAGUCAAUAAUGCCCGAGGAGUUUACAUCAUUUAUAAGAAAAUUUGCCAAUGUUUUACACGGGCUAUAUGUUAAGCAGUACACACUAGAGCGUACAAAAGAAGUGGAAUUCACGGAUGACUUAGAAAAAAUCAAAAGUGAUUAUGCCUUUGUCGAAAUGCCAACUAUUAUAUUAUUCACAAUUCCUGCAAGAAGUGAUUCUGAUGCGGAAAUGAAGUGUAGUUUUUACAACAGUGCAAUUACAGAAUUGGUUCAAAGUUGGGAUGCAACUUGGAAAAAUUUCUACUGUCAUAAUGCUACAAAUCAAUGCAUAGAAUUGAAAUUAAUUGAUUGGCGACAACUAUGUAUUAAUGAAAAUGCAAACAGUAACAGCAGCAUGAUUACUGUUUUAAUGAAGCAUUUAAUGGAAGAAUGGGGUAUAUGUAUGACACCCAGCAAUCGUUCCUAA